AUGGAAGCUUCUAAAAUCAUCAAAGGCUCUUCUUUCACUUCUAUAGAAAGCUUCACGGUAAACUUAAGGCCAAGAUUCCAACCUCCCUUAUUAAGCAAUACUUUUGGAAAAUUAUGGUGGUUUGGUUUUAGAUUAUUUGAUGUCUCUUUGGAUGGAGAGACGAAGCCAGAAUUGCACGAUUUAAUAGAGCUAGGCCAUUUAGAUAAUGAUUUUGUAGAUGAACUACAAAAACCUGGGGUGAUACUUGAAUUCUUACAAGAGAUGCAAAAUGAUGAGUAUGAAAGCGUGAAAACAGUUGGUUUCUCAAAUUGGUGUAACUUAGGCCAUUACAACAUUGAUUUUGGAUGGGGAAAGCCUAUAUGGAUUGCAUAUGCUCAUAAAAAUGACAUACUAAACAAUCGGGCUACUUUUAUGAUGGACUCCCUAUCAGGGGUGGAGGUUUGGGUGAUUGGGAGAGAAGAUGAGCUUUCUAUCCUUGAAAGCAAUCUAGAGUUCCUUGAAUAUGCAAUUAUAAAUCCUAGUGUCAUAUAA